AUGGCUCUAUGCCCACGCGAUGAACGAGGGCACGUAUCGACUGCUUUAUCAGUAGCAACCAGACUCGGGCAUCUAGAUCUAGUGACCUUUUUGCUUGCUAAUGACUCUGACGCUAAAGUAACAACGGGGGCGUCUAGUCUCUGGGAGGCUGCCUUGUACCUAGCAAUUGCGAAAGGCCACGAAGGGGUUGUUGAGGUGCUUUUGAUUCACGGUGCCAAUGUCGAAGGUGGACAUAUUAGUGCUGCUAUUGAACAACGCAACAAGAAAUUACUAGGGAUGCUUGUUACCAAGUACGGAAACGAAAAUUGCUAG